AGGAGGGCAGGCGGGAAGGAGGGCGUGAUGGCGCUGGCUGCCCCGUAUCCUUCUCUGAUGAUGCGGAUGCUUGUUCAGGUGUCCAGGCACCACUUCCUGUCUCCUUUGACAUCGUUCAGACGAUUCUACAGAGGCGACAGCCCAACAGAUUCUCAAAAAGACAUGAUUGAAAUCCCAUUGCCUCCGUGGCAGGAGCGAACGGAUGAAUCCAUCGAAACCAAAAGAGCCCGCCUGCUCUAUGAGAGCCGGAAGAGGGGAAUGCUGGAAAACUGCAUCUUGCUUAGCCUGUUUGCUAAAGAGCAUUUGCACCGAAUGACAGAGGAGCAGCUGAAUCUCUACGAUCGCCUAAUCAAUGAACCUAGUAAUGACUGGGACAUUUACUACUGGGCCACAGAGGCAAAACCAGCCCCAGAAAUAUUUGAAAAUGAAGUUUUGGCUCAGCUGAGAGACUUUGCAAAAAACAAAAACAAGGAGCAGAGGCUGCGGGCACCGGACCUAGAGUACUUGUUUGAGAAGCCACACUGAACUGGCUCCCUCCAUCGGCAGUGGCCUACGUGCCUGGACCCCUACUCCGUGCUCAAACCUGGCUUUGACUUUCUGCCUCUCGUAGACGCACAGCCAACCCACACCAUUGGUCCAGCCUCCAGUUAUGACCUUACUUCUCCCAGUAAAGUUUCCAUGUGACUC